CCAUACAAUAUAUCUCUUCCUUGUCUACUAUUACUUUACGUAAUUUGGGAUUUGUUCAUUGUACUGAACAAUGAAAUACACCGAAAGUGUAGAAAUUUAACAAGGAAGUGGAAAAUCCAAAUCAUUAGACGACAUUCUCCCAAAGACAUCAAAGUUAGCAAAAUGUUGAAAAGUUUCGCUCUAGUGUGUUUUCUAGUUACUGCACUUAUUACGACGUUAGCGGAAGCUGGACUUGUCAAGGAAAUGGAACAACAUAGCAUUAUAAAUUCUGACCACAAAACCGACCACGCUGAUGACAAAACUGGUACCACUAAACCGAAAUCUGGCCACGCUGUAUCUUGUGGACCACCUGAUUCCAAAAUAAAUGUAACAUGGAGUCCAAUAUCUCCUAAAUCUGGAGACGUUCUGACACUUAACUUUGAUUUCACAUUUAAUGAAGAAUUCACAAAUGGAAUUUAUUCUCUUAAAUGGUAUUCUCGACUCGACAUGAGCACUCCGUGGAGGGAGGCUACUGGCAUUUCUAGUCGAAUUAAAUGUGAAGAUGUGGAAGAAUAUCUAAAGGCAUCAGACGUCAAUACAAAACAGACGCCUAGUAAAUGUCCAUUCCAAAAAGGAGAAAAAAUUGUCGGCAGCACUGAAUUCACAGACAUGAAGGAGAUACCAUUUGGAUAUAACUCUUUGGUGAUUAGCAUGAAAAAUCAGAACGGACAUGUAACUGCUUGUGGAAAUGCCACAAUAUAUCUACAGAUACCUGAUUACGACGAUGACGACGAAUAGAUAGUGUGUGCGUCUAUACAGAACAUCGAUAUUCUAUAUUAAUACAUUACUUCAAAAUGCAUAUUAUUAUUUUACCCUGCGAUCAGUAAGCAAAGAUAUACAAACAAAUAAUAUUUUCUGUCCUAUUUUUUUUCUUUAUUUCAACAGGUCGAGACCACUACUUUAUGUGGAAAAUGAAUUUCAAAAAUUGAUGUCUUAUAAUUCUAUUCAAAAAGUUAUUGUUAAAAAGAGCAAAUCUGCAAAGUUUCGUUAACUUUCUAAGAGGAAAGAAUUUCCUGAUGCAAAGUAAAGCUUGCAGUUUGAAAACAAUAGAAAUCCUGAAAUUUGCAAACAUUUUUCCAUUUUGAAUAAUAUGAUUGUUUUUCCACUUAAGAUGUGAAAAAUUAAAUCAAAUUGAGGUUAUAUAACAUGCAAUGUUUGAGAUCAAAAUAUGACAUUCAAAUGAUUAAAGUUAGACAUAGUGGUCUUGUCCUGUUUAAACAAACGAAACGGGGGGAAACUAAGAUCGGUCUUUUUUAUUCCUGUUUUAACGCAAAUAUAAAUAAAUUGAAAGUAUUCCUACUUAGUAAUAUCGAAUUAAUACAAAUUUCACGCAAUAUAUGAUAGUUGUCUAUUGUUCAAAAUGUUUUAUAAACAUGUUCAUUUGCAUCAGCAUUGGUAUGUAUCUUCAUUGUAUUUUAAUUCCUCUGCCAUUAGAAAUAAAUGUCUUGUAAGCAAGUUUUUUUUUUAACUAUUUGACUAACGUGACUUUACGAAAGAUUGUGCCUUUUAGACUCAUGAACGUUUAAGAUGAUGUAUGAGGUUUUAAAGUUUAUUUAUUUUCGUCUCUUAAAUUUCCUUAUUAUAAUCAUAUAUAUUAAAACAUAAAAUGAAUUGCUUUCUACUGCUUCUGAUUUUUUUUACCUCUAAUUCAAAAUAAAAAAAAAGAACUA